AUGACCGCCAUCCCAGACGGCAACACCGGGAAAGCUAUCGGUGGUGCCGAUUUGGGAAGAAGCUACCUCCAACAGCGGGAAGGGGCAUCGGCGGACAUGAUCGCCACCGGCGGCGGCGGCGGCGCUACUGCGCGCCAGGAUAACACCGGGACGCAGCAGCAGCACGCUACCGCGGGCGGAGGAAGGGCUAUUGCUGCUGCUUCUGCUGCCGCCGCCGGGCCUCCUCGGGGUAGUGGCGAGAACGCGGGCGGGGCCGCCGGGGGUAGCGGCGACGGGCGCGGGGCAGGGGCCUGGGCGGCGACCGAUCCGGAGAGUUUCCUGAGGGAAAGCUUGAGCCUCAAGGACCUCGUGUCUCUGGCGUUCAUGUUCAAUUUCGUGGAGACUGGGGUGCUUGGACUGGGCGAGCGGAAGGCUGUUGUUCAGGUCGAAGACAGCGAGUGGAGCAAGCCGUUCAGCAUGGAGACCGUCGGCGUGAACCAGGUGCUGAGCGUGCGACACCCGCAAAUGGGCACCCUGGAGCUUGGGUUCACCAUUGUCGUGCCGCCGGGCCGCCUGGGGCAGUUUACCAAAGUCGUUCAGUUUUGGCCGAGACUGCUGGUGGUCAAUCGCCUGCCGCAGGCCUUGAUUCUGGAGCAGAACUUGACCCUCAGGCAACGCUCAGAGAGGGUUUCACAAGUUCCAGUCCCUGCAGGCAGCGGGCAACCGUUUCACCUGCCGCAGACGGGCGGAGAGCGAGAGCUUCGCGUUAAGGUGGAAGGAGGGUGGAAGCUCAGCGCGUCCUUCCCUGUGGAUAGCGUCGGGGAGUACACGCUGCGCCUUACCCGCCAGGUGGACGUCAGCAAGCUCAAGCACAUUUCCACGCGGAGGUCUUCCGAGUAUGACGUUGUGAUUCCUCAGAUGGAGGAUGUGGGCAUCUGGCUGGAGACGGACUGGUACCGGAAGCAGGCGGUGAUCAAGGAGAUCAAGAAGGACAGCUACGCCUUCACCAGCACCGACAUUCACGUGGGGGGAUCAAAUGAUACUUUCGUCGGCGAUGCCCUGAUUGCCAUCAACAACGUGAGCGUGCAAGGAGUCCCUUUCAACAGCAUCAUGCAAAGUAUGAAGAAGAGCCUUCGCGAGGACCCGUGCAUCCUGCUUCGCUUCCGCACCAUGGAGGAGCGCUACCGCCUGCUCCGCAUGAAGGCUCUUCGCAGGAAGCUGGGCGGAAGAAACGGUUUCGGCCUCACUUCGCCCGGCGGGACGUCGUCCUACCACUGGGAUGACAGCAUGCGGGGCUACGACGGCGAGUCCAAUCACCCGGCAGGACUAGGGAUGGGGACGGGAGCUAUCAGGGCAGGCUCGGCUCAUCCUCUCGACCGCAGCCGGAAAGGCUUGGUGAGCAAGAGGAUGAUUCUCUCCCCAUGUUUCCCUUUUCCCGUCACAACCCAGCAGCCGCAGCCGCUUCCACGGAGGUGGAGAGACACCAUGGCGGCGGACACGAAAGACCACCAUCCCGACGGUGGCCGCGGCGGCGGCGGCGGCGGCGGCGCGCACGGCAUCAGGUCUGGCGGCACCGUGUUUUUCGACGGCGCUGCCUCGGACCGUGAGGAGGCUGGCCUUGGCGGCGGCGGCGGCGGCGGCGGCGGCCCCGACAGGGGCGAGGAUGACAUGGAAGACAUCUACGGCGACGCCGGUAGCGGGAGUGUUGCCGGCGGGGGCGGCGGCGGUGGCGGUAUGGACGGAGAUGACCAAGAUGAUCGUGGUCAAGUGGAGCCCCAGGAGAUGAUGCUGCGCGUGGAGCUGCGCCCCCUGGCGGCCUCAAUCGUGGUCGUUGUUCGGCAGCUAGACCCGUCCCAGGUGCCGUACGUGGUGGAAAACGUCGAUCCAAGCCACCGAGUGUACUUCAGGCAGAGGGGGGCCGAUUGGUGCCCGUGGCAGUCGGUGGGGCCGGGGGAGAAGCAAGGGUGGGUGGCCCGGUUCUAG